AGGGGGCAUGACGGGCGCGCGGGCGUCCGCGGCGGAGCCGCGCAGGGCGGGUCGCGGCGGGCAGGCAGGGGCGGCCGAGCGGGCGGCGGGCAUGAGCGGUGCGGGCAGGGUGCUGGCCGUGCUGCUGCUGGCCGCGUCCGUGCUGAGCGCCGCGCUGCUGGCCCCCGGCGGCUCUUCGGAGCGCGAUGCCCAGGCCGCGCCGCCACGAGACUUAGACAAAAAAAGACAUGUAGAGCUGAAGAUGGAUCAGGCUUUGCUACUCAUCCAUAAUGAACUUCUUGGGGCCAACUUGACUGUCUACUGGAAAUCUGAAUGCUGUUAUUACUGCUUGUUUCAGGUGCUGGUAAACGUUCCUCAGAGUCCAAAAGCGGGGAAGCCUAGCGUUGCAGCCGCCUCUGUCAGCACCCAGCACAGAUCUAUCCUGCAGCUGAACGACACCUUGGAAGAGAAAGAAGUUUGUAGACUGGAAUACAGAUUUGGAGAAUUUGGAAACUAUUCUCUCUUGGUAAAGAACAUCCAUAAUGGAGUUAGUGAAAUUGCCUGUGACCUGGCUGUGAACGAGGAUCCAGUUGAUAGUAACCUUCCUGUGAGCAUUGCAUUCCUUAUUGGUCUUGCUGUCAUCAUUGUGAUAUCCUUUCUGAGGCUCUUGUUGAGUUUGGAUGACUUUAACAGUUGGAUUUCUAAAGCCAUAAGUUCUCGAGAAACUGAUCGCCUCAUCAAUUCUGAGCUGGGAUCUCCCAGCAGGACAGACCCUCUAGAUGGUGAUGUCCAGCCAGCAGUGUGGCAUCUGUCUGCCCCACCGCCCCGCCUCCGCAGCGUGGACACCUUCAGAGGGAUUGCUCUCAUACUCAUGGUCUUUGUCAAUUAUGGAGGAGGAAAAUAUUGGUACUUCAAACACGCAAGCUGGAAUGGGCUGACGGUGGCUGACCUCGUGUUCCCGUGGUUUGUAUUUAUUAUGGGAUCUUCCAUUUUUCUAUCAAUGACUUCUGUACUGCAACAGGGAUGUUCAAAAUUCAGAUUGCUGGGGAAGAUUGCAUGGAGGAGUUUCCUGUUAAUCUGCAUAGGAAUUAUCAUUGUGAAUCCCAAUUAUUGCCUUGGUCCAUUGUCUUGGGACAAGGUGCGCAUUCCUGGUGUGCUGCAGCGCUUGGGAGUGACAUACUUUGUGGUUGCUGUGUUGGAGCUCCUUUUUGCUAAACCUGUGCCUGAACAUUGUGCCUUGGAGAGGAGCUGCCUUUCUCUUCGAGACAUCACAUCCAGCUGGCCUCAGUGGCUGCUCAUCCUGGCACUGGAAGGCCUGUGGCUGGGCUUGACAUUCCUCCUGCCAGUCCCUGGGUGCCCUACUGGUUAUCUUGGUCCUGGGGGCAUUGGAGAUUUUGGCAAGUAUCCCAAUUGCACUGGAGGAGCUGCGGGCUACAUCGACCGCCUGCUGCUGGGAGACGAUCACCUUUACCAGCACCCAUCUUCUACUGUGCUUUACCACACCGAGGUGGCCUAUGACCCUGAGGGCAUCCUGGGCACCAUCAACUCCAUCGUGAUGGCCUUUUUAGGAGUACAGUGCUGCUCAGACUGGGUCACCGAACAGGCCUGUCUAAGGGGACCCUUGUCACCUUUGUGGGGAAUUCUCCUUGGGCCCUGCCUGGAAGCAGGAAAAAUACUAUUGUAUUACAAGGCUCAGACCAAAGACAUCCUGAUUCGAUUCAUUGCUUGGUGUUGUAUUCUUGGGCUCAUUUCUGUUGUUCUGACGAAAGUUUCUGAAAAUGAAGGCUUUAUUCCAGUAAACAAAAACCUCUGGUCCCUUUCGUAUGUCACCACGCUCAGUUCUUUUGCCUUCUUCAUCCUGCUGGUCCUGUACCCGGUUGUGGAUGUGAAGGGGCUGUGGACAGGAACCCCAUUCUUUUAUCCAGGAAUGAAUUCUAUUCUGGUGUAUGUCGGCCAUGAGGUGUUUGAGAACUACUUCCCCUUUCAGUGGAAGCUGAAGGACAACCAGUCCCACAAGGAGCACCUGACUCAGAACCUCGUUGCCACUGCCCUCUGGGUGCUCAUUGCCUAUAUCCUCUACAGAAAGAAGAUUUUUUGGAAAAUCUGAUGGUUGCCACUGAGAUGUGCUGCUGGAAGACUCUAGUAGGCCUGCAGGGUGGACUGAAGCAGCCUUCCUUAAAGGGAAGCAUUCAUUAGGAAAUUGACUAGCUGUGUGUUUACAGACUCUGGGGGAAGAUGCUGGUGUCCUCAAACUGGUUAACUGUGACACGGCUCGCCAGAAUUCUGCCUAUUUGUGACUUACAGAUUUGAAAUGUAAUUGUCUUUUUUCCUCCAUCUUCUGUGGAAAUGGAUGUAUUUGGAACUUCAUUCCGAGGAGAUCAGCUUUAACUUUCCAAAAGGGAAUUGCCAUGGGUGUUCUUAUUCUGUGGUGGGUGAAACAAUCUGAGGUCUGGUUCUUGCUGACCUUAUUUCCCUGCAAACUUCCUUUCCACGCUUACGCGGACACCAACGUGAAAUGCUGUCACUCCUACUGCGGCUGCUAUGAAGCUUACUGGAUGUGAUGUGUCACAAUUUAGUCUAUUUUUUUGAUUAAAUGCAGUUUAAUGUUUCCAGAAAGCCAAAGUAAUUUUCUCUUCAGAUAUGCAAGGCUUUGGUGGGUCCAAAAAAUGUCUAUCACAAGCCAUUUUUUCCUUUUCCUCUCUCAAAAAGUUAAGAUAUCUAUGUGUUAUUCCUAUCCCCUCUUGCCUAUGUAUCUGUCUGUCUGUCCAUCAUCUUCCUUCCUCCCUCUCUCUGUGCAUCUGGAUGGCAGCCACUGCCCAGGGGAGUGACUUGGGGAGGGCAGGCACUGUCCUUGCCCAUGGGUCCAGCUGAGCCAUCCCUGCUGGGUGAGAUGCUGGGCAAGACCCUUGGCCCGCCUGGGCCUUGGCUUCCUCACUUGUGAAAUGAGCGGGAAGAUGACUUUCAGUUCCCUUCCACCUCUUAGACAUGGUGAGGUGACAGACAUCGAAAGCUUUUCUGAAAUCUUCAGAAGAAACAGUUUCAUUACAGAAAACUCUUCAAAAUAAAUAAUAAUGAAAAUUUU